CCCACUUUGCUAAGAACAGGCGGGGGUGGGAGAGCCAGAGAGAGGACUGAGCUGAGAGCAGAUAGAGUCUGGCCCGGAGGGGAACUUCGUUGUUCCAGCUUGACCCUGCCUGGGCCAGCGACCCUUCUUGCUAGGGGUGGGGAAGCAAAGUCGAAGCCCUUCUCUCCCUCUCUCCUACCGGGGAUCAACAGGUGUCCUAGGGACUGAGAAGAAGCCAGACUGAGGCUUAGGAAGGGAGAGGCAGGCAGUCACCGAGUCGGGGGCAAGAAGAAAGUUACUCUCCCAAUUUUCUUCCUCGGCUCCAACUCCACCUUCUUCCCCUUUGCUCCCGUGGCUGUUGGGGACCUUGGGCGGCUCCGCAAGAGAGGAGGACAGGAGGGUUAAUAAGACCCCCCCAUUUUCCUUCCCCUAAACAACCCCUCAACAGCACCACAAACUUAAGGAAAAAACGAGUAGGGGGUAGGCGGGAGAGAGAAAGAGAGGCGGUGUCUCUCUCCCUCAGAGAUUCAGACAUGACCGGUCUGGAAGAAGACCAGGAGUUUGACUUUGAUUUUCUUUUCGAGUUUAACCAGGGCGACGAGGGCACCUCCGGGGCAGGCAAAGAACACUAUAAUUACACAUCUUCAAAUAUCAAUGCUGGUUUGCCUCUCAACGUGGCCCAUCCCUCAUUGUCAACCCCAUGCCAUGAUCUUCAGACAUCCAAUCCAGUCAUUUCAGUUGUACCAUCAACAAAUCAUCCCUCUGGAUAUGGAGGUAGUAUUGACAGUGGGACCUCAGGAUAUUAUCUUUCUUCAAAUAUCAGACCUAAUGGAGCCCCAGCACUAGAAAGUCCUCGGAUUGAGAUAACUUCUUAUUUGGGACUUCAUCAUAACAACAACCAGUUUUUUCAUGAUGCUGAUGUUGAAGAAACGAUACCAAACUCUAAACGAUCUCCAUCUACUGCCACCUUGAAUCUACCAAACAUCGAAGCUUACAGAGAUCCAUCUUGCCUGAGUCCAGCUAGUAGCUUAUCUUCCCGAAGCUGUAAUUCUGAAGCAUCAUCAUAUGAAUCCAAUUAUUCUUACCCAUAUACAUCUCCUCAGACAUCACCAUGGCAGUCUCCUUGUGUCUCUCCCAAGACCACUGACCCAGAAGAAGGAUAUCCACGGGGUAUGGUGGCCUGCAACUUGCUGAAUUCUCCAAGGCAUUCACCAUCCACAUCCCCAAGAACAAGCAUUACGGAGGAAAACUGGCUCAGUACUCGUAACUCUAGACCAUCUUCUCCCUGCAACAAGAGAAAAUACAACCUAAAUGGGAGGCAGACAUCUUACUCGCCACAUCAUUCACCCACCCCAUCGCCCCAGAAUUCUCCUCGAGUUAGUGUGACAGAUGAGACAUGGCUAGGAAACACUAACCAAUAUACCAGUUCUGCCAUUGUGGCUGCCAUUAAUGCUCUCACCACAGAUAGCACAAUAGAUAUGAAUGAUGGAAUUCCUAUAAAAUCCAGGAAAACAGCUCUAGAGCAUACUCCUUCCAUGACACUCAAGAUAGAGCCAGCUGGUGAAGAUCAUGGGACCAUAUCACCCACUUCUGAUUUAUCACCUGAAGAGUUUUCCAGCUUCCAACAUAUCCGAAAAGGAAACUUCUGUGAUCAGUACCUUUCAGUACCACAACAUCCUUAUCAAUGGGCCAAACCAAAGCCUCUGUCUCCCACUUCAUACAUGAGCCCAUCUCUGCCUGCCCUUGAUUGGCAGCUGCCAUCUCACUCAGGACCUUAUGAACUUAGGAUCGAAGUACAGCCCAAAUCCCACCACAGAGCUCAUUAUGAGACUGAAGGAAGUCGAGGGGCUGUGAAGGCAUCUGCUGGAGGACACCCUAUUGUACAGCUACAUGGUUACUUAGAAAGUGAGCCACUCACGCUACAGCUGUUCAUCGGGACGGCAGACGACCGCCUGCUGAGACCCCAUGCUUUCUACCAGGUCCACCGGAUAACAGGGAAAACUGUCUCCACUACCAGCCACGAAGCAAUCCUCUCCAACACCAAAGUCCUGGAAAUUCCACUUCUGCCAGAAAAUAACAUGCGAGCAAUUAUUGAUUGUGCUGGAAUCCUAAAACUCAGAAACUCAGACAUUGAACUGCGGAAAGGAGAAACUGACAUUGGAAGAAAGAAUACUCGAGUGAGACUGGUUUUCCGAGUUCAUAUUCCACAAUCUAAUGGCAGAACUCUCUCUCUCCAAGUAGCAUCAAAUCCCAUUGAGUGUUCCCAGAGAUCUGCCCAAGAAUUACCUUUAGUGGAGAAACAAAGCACAGACAGCUAUCCAGUGGUCGGUGGGAAAAAAAUGAUAUUGUCUGGUCAUAACUUUCUGCAAGACUCCAAAGUAAUUUUCGUGGAAAAAGCACCAGAUGGUCAUCAUGUGUGGGAAAUGGAAGCAAAGACUGACAAAGAAAUGUGCAAGCCAAAUUCACUGGUGGUUGAAAUACCACCUUUUCGCAAUCAGAGAAUUACCAGUCCUGUUCAGGUUAAUUUCUACGUCUGCAAUGGAAAGAGAAAGAGAAGCCAGUACCAACAUUUCACCUACCUUCCUGCAAAUGGGCUGAUGUUACUGCCACUGCUGGACAAGGAAAACAUCAUAACUCCCUCUCUCCAAGGAAUGGAGAUCACCUCAGCUAUAUGACCACCUUUCCAUCUUUAGAGGCAGGAAUCCUGAAAUCACCUUUCCCACUGGGAAGGGUAGUGUAAAGUGCUAUAUUUUAAAAUAAUUUUGGACAUACAGUAUAUCUUAUUUCAUUUAACAAAAAGAAGAUUGGAUCUUUGUGACAGUUUAAAACAUUAUUAUAGAUGCUAUUCUUUUGUUGUCAAGCCUGUACAUUAUUAUUCAGAUUGUUCUGUCCUUGCUAACAAUGUACUUAAUGUAAAUGAAACCAGUUGUGAUGAAUAUCAGUAUUGCCCUAACCAACAGUGCUGUCUUGUCCACGAAAACCUGCUUUGUAAACCUACAGGAAACUGUGACAAUUAGCAUUCAUUUGUCGCACUUUUGCUUUCCAUAAUAAAUGUAGAUUGUGAACUCGCCA